AUGUCCUGGCAAGCCUACGUUGACACGAGCCUGGUUGCCACCGGCCACGUCCAGAAAGCCUGCAUCGCUAGCAUCGCCGGCGACGGCAUCUGGGCAAAUUCGCCUGGUUUCGCGAUCAGCCCCGAUGAGCUCAAGACCAUCAGCCAAAUUAUCAAGGAGCUCGGCGCGGACUCGACCCCGAUGCUAGACCAUGCCCGAGCUGAAGGCAUCUACGUCGCUGGUGUGCGCUACGUGGUCGCGGGAGGCGCAGAACAGGGCAUCUAUGCCCGCAAGGGCAAGGAGGGUGUCUACAUCGCAAAGUCGAAUCAGGCCAUCAUCAUUACCUGGCACGACGAGAACACUUUUGCCGGCAACGCGUCAUCGGUGACCGUGAACCUCGUUAAAUAUCUAACCGGCGUGGGUUACUAA